AUCAGAUGGUUGACUACUUCAGGAUAUCAUCCAUGUACCAAGGGGAAAACAGAGCAGUACAAUGGGAUCCUUGAGUUGUAUCUCAAGAAGAUGAAUACCACAGGAGAUCCAACUCGAUGGAAUGAAUUUCUUGAUACUGCACUAUUUGUAACUCAAGUCAAACAGCAAACCACAGCCAAGUGGUCACCAUUUGAGUUGUUGUAUGGUUGA